AUGUUCUUAUUGGCGCGGUUUGGUCCAGCUGCAGUAACCUUUCCUGCAAAGGAAUCAUUGCUCACACUCACCACUUCGCUAGACAGGGAGGACCACCAAUUGGAGGAACUGGUGUCAAAGUUCUGGCUAAUGGAGGAAAUAACGGUGGUUGAUGAUCUGCCAGAGAACGAAUUUGAGCAGAUUUUCGAGACCACUCAUAGCCGUAUCUCAUACGACCGUUAUAUGAUACAGUUACCCUUCCGGCGAAAGGCAACGGAACUGCGUGACUCGUACACACUGGCAUUACAGCAAUUUCAUAGACUAGAGCGUCGUACGGUUGCGGAUCCAGUCCUUAGAGAAAACUACACUUCAUUUAUGAGAGAGUAUGCAGCACUUGAUCACAUGGAGAUAGUACAACCACCUUACAAUCACACAAAUUGCUACUACAUUCCUCAUCAUGCGGUCACAGCAAAGUUCCGCGUAGUGUUCAACGCUUCGGCACCUACCAGCACUGGAAUCUCACUGAACGAUGUUCAACUGGUAGGUCCAACACUUCAGGAUUCGUUGAGUAGUAUACUUUUACAUUUUCGUCGCUAUCGAUUGGCGAUUACUGCGGAUAUAGAGAUGUUCAGGCAAGUGCUGGUUGCACCCUCGCAACUAUCAACGGAUUAUAUGGAGUCUCCUGGAAAUGAUAUCCGAGUGUACCGCCUAAAGACUAUCACACAUGGUAUGGCAUGCAGUCCUUACAAUGCAGUACGAACCCUGCAACAAUGUGCUUAUGACAAUUCCGCUGUGGUUUCUGACCUACAGCAAGCGGCUCGUGCUCGAACUGCGAUAUUAAUUUCGUUUUAUGUUGACGACUUCUUGACAAGUUGUGAAAGCGUUACUGAUGCAGUGGAGCUGGCUACGAACGUGGAUGCCAUUUUAUCUGCGGGAAAGUUCAGCCUACGAAAAUGGAACUCGAACGAUAGUCAGGUGAUGAUGCGUUUACCUAAUGAGUCGUCUCUUUCUAGCUAUAUCUUCCAUCCUGGGGAGGCUUCCGUUUUGAGCUUAAGAUGGGACGCACUGUCGGAUCAGUUAUUCUUUCGCGUCGAUCUACGUCAAAGAGGAGAGAUACCCACGAAGCGCCGUGUACUCAACGAGGUGGCACGACUCUUGGAUCCUACUGGAUUGUUAUCGCCUGUUAUCGUAACUGGGAUAAUAUUCAUUCAGCGACUCUGCGACACCUUUACCUGA